GACACGUGUACAAAGGAACCAGGAAGUGACUGCCGGAAUUGGAGUAUCCGCUGUAGUUUGCAACGUCUGGGUGAUCAUACUGAGUAUCAUCAAACCCAGGACCAUUCAUUAUGAUACCUGGUUACAACCCAGUGUUGCAAGCGCUGCUAGGAACCUUCUUGACGUGGGGAUUGACAGCUGCUGGCUCAGCACUUGUAUUUAUCUUUUCCAGUGGGCAGAGACGAAUCUUGGAUGGGAGUCUAGGCUUUGCUGCAGGGGUGAUGCUGGCUGCUUCUUACUGGUCCCUUCUUGCACCUGCUAUUGAGCUAGCUGAGGACUCUGGGAAGUUUGGAGCCUUGGCCUUCCUCCCUGUAGCAGUUGGCUUCACUCUGGGAGCAGCAUUUGUAUUCUUCGCUGACCUCAUUCUCCCAUGGCUGGACGGCUGUGUUAUGGUCAGUUAUGGGAUGUUCUGUCAGACUGGAAUAUUUCCUCCCUCUGGUUGUUCAGUGCUGUCAGUCUUGAUGUCAGAAAUGCAUCCCUUGAUUACUUUGCACAGAGACUGCCCAGUUUGUUUUGUGUAA